AUGGCGAGACCCCAAGAUACGGCUUUGGCCCGAUUCUAUGGCCUCCCUAAGGUGCAUAAAGACGGCGCUCCUCUCCGACCCAUCGUGUCGCUCAAAGGUACUCCAACGUACGGACUGGCUAAGUGGCUGUUCCGGCGUCUCAAGUUCCUGACCGCUGAGUCAGACACCACGGUCUCUUCGUCAGCACAAUUCCUGGAGAAACUCCAAGGGGUAAUCAUCCAUCCAAAUGAGGUCAUAGUAUCUUUUGAUGUUACAUCCCUUUUUACUUCUAUUCCCCAGGACCUGGCGAUCGAGACAAUUGAACUGCUACUACAAAGCAAAUACGAUGAAACGGAGAACCGUCUUGGACGCGCCCAAAUCCUUCAGCUCCUGAAGCUCUGUCUCAGGACGUACUUCACGUUCGACGGGACAAUCUACGAACAGGUGAAGGGCACACCAAUGGGUUCGCCGAUUUCGGGAUAUAUCGCCGAGGCGGUCCUGCAACGGUUAGAGUAG